UAUAAGACGAGGCUUUGAAAAUAUCUUCAUUGCGCGACCAUCGUGUUUUAUGUUUUAUCUUCCCUUAAAAUGGGGAUGAGGAGAAUUUUUGUUUAUUUGUACCUUAUUGUGUUAUAUUGUGAUAUUGUUGCUAGUGACGUUUUAAAUGAUGAAGAUGAUGUUGUAGUAAUUGAAGCUGCGGGGAAUUCGUCAGCGCGUGAUAACAGGCAGCUCAUAUCGUCUGUUCCUUUGAUGCCUUACAAUGACCAACUCUUCAUAGGAAAUCCGGCUACGGGUUCGCUUUUAACUAGCCGCUGCUAUACCAGUAAAGGUGUGUUAGGGAAAUGCAUGUCGUUCCGACAAUGUUAUCCUUUUUUCAAGCUACCCGAGUUAAAUAAUUGGGACAGUUGGAUAUUAGGAAUGUACGAUACAUGCAGAUUUUAUACAGCCCAGGGGCGUCAGUUGUUUGGAGUUUGCUGCACUUCUUCUUCGGAACAAAACCCUACAACAACUACUAAACCAUCAACUACUCCCGAAUCAGAAAACCUUAACGUACAAAAUACAGACAGUGUAAAGAAACCUAACUAUCCUCCGGUUGCUAGUUGGCCUCCAACACAUCCACCACUUCCUACUCAUCCACCGCACCAUACAAUACCGCCACUACCCACUCACGCACCUUCACCCUCCUAUCCAUAUCCGCAUCCGUUCCCAACCGUACCCGUAACUCAACCGGCACCUAAACCUCCUAAACCACCCACCGGAGCCACGCAACGACCUACAUAUCAACCAACAUAUAAACCUGUACAAACCACUCCCGUAACGCACUUGCCACCUUUGGAUGCAUCGUGCGGGGCGAAAAAUGGUUAUCAAGAUCAAGAAAGAAUCGUCGGAGGCCACAAUGCUGAUUUGGGAGAAUGGCCAUGGAUAGCCGGUUUGUUCAAUGGUGGUCGCCAAUUUUGUGGCGGUUCUCUUAUUGAUAACAUUCAUAUCCUCUCUGCCGCACAUUGUGUUGCACAUAUGAGUUCCUGGGAUGUUGCAAGAUUAACUGUUCGGUUAGGAGAUCAUAAUAUAAAAACGGAUAGUGAGGUGAAACACAUUGAAAGGAAAGUAAAAAGGGUGGUCCGUCAUAGAGGAUUUGACGCAAGAACAUUGUAUAACGACGUUGCCAUUUUGACUAUGGAUUCACCAGUAGUUUUUACUCACCAAGUUCGUCCAAUUUGUUUACCGCAGAGUUCUCGCGAUUCGCAUGCGGGAAAAACAGCCACCGUGAUUGGGUGGGGUAGUAUUCGUGAAAGUGGUCCACAACCGUCGGUGCUGCAGGAAGUAAGUAUUUCGAUCUGGAGUAAUAAUGAUUGUCGAACUAAGUAUGGACCGGCGGCACCUGGAGGAAUUACUGACCACAUGCUUUGUGCAGGUCAGGCGAAUCGGGAUUCGUGUAGUGGAGAUAGUGGAGGACCUCUUAUGGUAAACGAUGGAAAAUGGGUGCAAGUGGGAAUUGUUUCGUGGGGCAUCGGAUGCGGUAAAGGGCAAUAUCCAGGUGUAUAUAGUAGGGUACAAUAUUUUCUGCCUUGGAUUCAGAAGAACAUUAAAUAAUCUUAAAUCUCUAAGGUUAAAUAAAUAAUCAAUGUUAAAAAAUGAAUAUCUACUUAUUUUCUGUAGCUGCGCGUUUGUAUUUGGAGGAAUUGCGUUUGAUAUUUCAG